AUGCGAUCUUGGCGACACACUCUGAUGCUACUCACACUAGCUAUGAGCACUGGCGCAGAUGAGGGAGACUCUCCAGUCACGGUCACAUGUCCGUCGUGGGGCCUGCUUGGUAUUGCGUGCUGUAUCGAUCCGGAAUUGGACACCGACAAAUACCCACAGUACGUUUACGAUGUUACGGCAAGCUUCAUCAAGAGCGGCGUCGCCGCAUUCAGUCAGGGACCGUCUUGUGCCUAUUCAACUCUGACUGGAACUACGGAUACAUUCAAUUCCGCCAUUGAAGAUGUCUUGUUCACUACGUGUUCGUCGCAAGCCAGUCCCGAAGAUUGCCAGCAGUACGCUACGUGCGUGGGAUGUGCGUGGGCAACAAUGGUGUACUCAUUUUAUGGCGACGAUUGGAAUGAACGUCAGGGCAUCUUACGGCACAACAUCCACGACUGGAGCGUUGAUUUGCAACUCGGAUAUGACUUCGUUCCUGGAGAUUUUUGCAAGAAAAUUGGCUCAGAUGCAAGCACUCUCUAUCAAGGUGGCUCGGCCGAUUUCCUGACGCAGUGCAUCCCUACAUCUAAUUUCUGA